AUGAAUAAUAGGAAGACUCUAUUUGAGUAUUCAAAAUGGGAUCUAUGGAUUCAUUCCUUAAAGAUGUCCAUUUAUAACCUUACACAUAAUUUACUAUUAAAUAGUGUUGUAACUGUACAUUUAUACAAUUUUCUAAUUUUAUUGGAAACCAUUCAAAUGGUAAUUAAAAUCAUUAUAAUUUUAAGGUCUACUAUUCAAUACAUCCUAGCUUUGCAUUCCUUUUUCAAACACCCAUUUUCAAAUAUUUCCGUUUAAUUCUAUCCUAUUUCUAACCAAAUGAUGUAUUAAGUAAAGGACAAAUAGAAAUAUAGUUGGCACUUUUAUAUAUAGUAAUUCAAAUCACCUAUCAAGGUAUUCGCAGUAUAAUUACUCAUGAUCAUAUUGAAGAUAGUGAUCUUAUGUAAUUUGAAAAAGCAUACUACAUUUUAUAUCUACACAUAUAGACUUAUAGCAUACUUUGGAGUAUUUUUCAACACUAUCCUAUUGAUUCCAUUUACUAAUGUUUACAUUGCCAUACUAUAUUGUGUGAAUUCCAAUUUUGAAUGCUAUGUCGGAGCUUAUUAUGCUCAUUUUGUAUUUUCUGUAAAAAUAUAUGUUCUAAAUAUAUUUAGUUUUUGGGAUUAUUCAUGCAUUUUAUUCAUAUUGUUUACUUCAAUUUGAUUUUCAUGGAAUAGAAUCCAUUUUCUACUAUACCAUUUGCUAGCCCUUAAUAAAGUGCCACAUUGAUAAAACAAAUAAUUAAAAUAGUAUUGCCUAUUUAUACCAUAUUCGAUUAUUAAGGAUCAUUAGAUAGAGUAUUCAUAUCAUUAUUAUGUUUAUCAUACAUCUAUCUAAAUGUCCAAAGAUUCAAGUAACCCAAAUAUUAUAAUAAAUGGGUUGCCUGGGUUUCAAUAAUAGAAGAAGUCACUUUGUUAUGGAUAACACUUGUUAGUUUCUUUACAGCCUUCAUUAAUUAUGAUUAGGCUGAAGACAUAGGGUUUUUCUAUAUGAUAAUAGGUAUUCCUUUGGUAGUUCUAGUUUACUUUCACUUGUUACAUUUAUAAAAUAAGAAAGUCUUAUCAAUUCUAUUUAGAAAUAUAGAAAGAGAUAUAGAGGCUGAGAUAUAUUUGAUAGCAGUAAUAAAAUUGAUAAGACAGAGAAAAAAGAUAUGGUCUAGAAUGUUAUUGGAAGGGAAAUUGAGAUUACAUUCAAAAGCAUGUUAAAAUAAGGAAUGUAUUUGUAAGGCAUUGAUGCUUGAAAAUAUAAAGGAAGAGGAGAUUGAUUAGUAUUGGUAUAAAUUUUUAGGAUUUUUAUUGAAUGAAAUGAGAGAGAAAUUCAAUAAGAGUUGUAGAAUUAAUCUUUUAUAUGCAUUUUUAUUGAAUGAUUAAUUAAACAAUCAUUUUAAAGCAUUAACAGAAAUGAUGUUUGCUGAAGAUAAUAAACCAUCAUUAUAGGAAGAAUUGGCUAUGUAUCAUUAUAAAAACAUUAUUUAAUAAAAAUUAAAAGAUAUGGAAUAGAAAACAAAUGAAAAUAAAGGAAUUGAUGUUAAUGGAAUAAUGGUAUUUUAAAAUACAUUUAUAAUAUUUUUGAAUGCAGUAGAGAAGACUGUAAAUUAUCAUAUUGAAUAUUGGCGUGAAUUAUUAGAAACUAAUCCUGAUAUUUUAAAAUUGAAAGUAGUUGGAUCUAAAAUAACAAAGAAAUUAGAAUAGACAAUGAUUUAAUAUCAGAAAUUACAAGAAUUGAAUUCUAAUCAUAUAAAAUUUUUAACCAUUUAUGGUAAUUUCUUAAAGGAAAUAGUUAAUGAUGAGGAUGAAUCAAAUAGAAUUUUAGAUAGAGUUUAAAUAUUAAUAAAAUAAUUUUAGAAUAAUAAGAUACAUGAUUAAAUAAGAUUAAAAUAUGGAGAGAAUGCUAAUACAUGUAUAAUAACAUGUUCAGGUAAUUUUAAUAAUAUGGGAGUGGUUACUAAUUGUAAUAAUGAAAUUACACGUUUAUUAUAAUUUAGCAAGAGUGAUAUUAUGGGUAUUAAUAUCAAUUGUAUUAUGCCAAAAAUAUAUGCAAGUCAUCAUGAUUAAUAUAUGAUUGAUUAUAUAGAAUCUAGUAAACCAAAAGUAAUGGAUAGAGAGAGAAUCUUAUGUUGCAUAAAUUCAUAAUAAUAUUUAGUACCAUGUUCUUUAAUGAUUAAAAUACUUCCAAAUUUAGAUGAAGGUAUAAAGAUGGUUGGAUUCUUAUAAGAUUAUAAUAAUUAAUAGGAAUCAAAUGAAGAAUGGCAUUAUAUUAUAGUUGAUGGAUACACUCAAACUAUUUUGGGUAUUACUUAAUCAUGUACAUAAAUAUUUGGAAUUCCAUAAUCUAUAAUGACUAAUAAUACAUUCAAAUAAAAAUUUACAUUUGAUGUACUUUUUCCAAAUGUAGAAGAACAUAUUAAUAUGGAAGAUGGAAUUUUGACUUAUUUAGAUACUACAUAAUUAUAAGAAGAUUAUUUAUAAGGAAUAGGAGAAAGUUAGAGUGAAAUAUCUGUUGAAGAUGAUGAUGAUUAAUUUUGUGAAUUUCCUCAUGAUCCAUUAAGAUCAUCAAAUGAUACAAGAAUAUAAAGAUAUUUAUUAAAACCAGUGGAAUUAAAAUAAUAAGAUUAAGUUUCUGAUACACCAAGUCCAUUAUUUAAUAGAUUUUAAACUGUAGAUUUUAAGAAAAAAAAGAAUGAUAAAUUACAAAGAUAUAAAAAGUAUAAAAUAAAAUUAGUAUUAUGUGAUUAAUUAAAAAUUGGAGAAUAUAAUUUAUAAACAAUUAAAUUUAUGUGGAUUAAAGAAGAUGAAUAGAGUGAAUAAAUAAUGAAAAUGGAUUCAAUGAAUUCAAAAUAAAAUUAAAAUAAUCAAGAUAAUAAAAUUAGUGAUCAUUUAUAACCUGUUAUUGAAGAUGGUAAUUCUAGUAGAUCAUCUAGAACUGAAAAUAAUCAAAAAGAAUUAAAAGAAUUCAAAUAAAUGAUAUCAUCCAAAACUUAACCUAGAUCUAUAAUCAUUUUAAAACGUACAGUUUGGUUCAUUAUGAUACUAUUAUUAACAUUAAGUACUUUAAUUAUGGCUUAUAGAGUCAUUUAAAGUAAUGAUGUUAAAGAAGGUGUUAAUGCUAUUUAUUAAGGUUAUUAUAGACAUAAUAUUAUAUCUGAUGUUGUUUACAAUGCUAGAAAAUUAUAAUUAAUUUAUAAUAAUACUUAUGAUGAUGAUAUGUAAAUAGUUAAAUCAGAUUUAUAAUAUUGGGUUAAUUCAUUAUAAUAACUACAAUAUGACUUAAUUAAUGUAAGACUAAUUAUGGAAAAUAGAAAAGGAAAUUAAAUUUAACCUUAAAAGUAUACAACUAAAUUUUUAAUGUCUAAUGGAUAAGAAAGUAAUUAAGAUUUAUUAUUUGAUGAUGCUAUGAUGUAUUUUAUUACUUCUGGUUCUUAAUUAGAUAAUGCUUCCAAUGAUUCAUUUAUAUAAUCUUCAAAUAGUGGUUAUAAGAAUUUCUAUUUUCUAAUCAAUAAUGGAUAUUAUGUAUUAAGAAAUGGAUCAGAAAACAUAGCUAACAAUUUCUAUGAAUUUUAUUCUAAUCUUAUUUAAGAUUACUUAAUAAAAUUCUUGAUUAUUAUGAUUAUUGGUAUUGCAUUCCUCAUCAUUUCCUCAUUAGUCUUAAUUCCAAUUGUUUCAUAAGUACAUGAUACCAAUAAUAAAGUAUUAUCUCUAUUUGGUAUCAUACCUGUAAAUGAAUUAAAAGAUUUGGUCACUAAAUGUGAAUAGUACUUAAAGAAUUUCUUAAAUGAAUAAGGAGAUUCUCAUAAACACACUAAAGUAUAAGAAGCAUAAAUUACUCAUUAAAAUAUUAUUCAUACAUCUGGACAUGGAGAAUAACCAUUAAUAAAUAAGGAACAUUAAGAUAAAUAAGAAAGUAAUGAAGAUGAUGCUAGCAAACUCAUUUAAAAACCUUAAAAAUUAUUAUCAUCAGGACAUCAAAGUGUAAGUCAUGUUAAAUAAUUAUCAAAUUUAACUUCUGAUGGUUAACCUUAAAUUCCUAUUCCUAUUUCUUAAGGUGCUACUAAACAUGAUUUAAAACAUUCAUAAAAGAAAUAAUAAUAAAAGGAGGAAGAAAAAGAUGAUGAUUAAGAAAAUUUAAAAGCAAAUAAAUUAUUGAAUUCUUAAGGAAGUCAUAAAUGUGCUGUAACUGUUUAAUUUAUAUUCUUUGCACUACUAUUUAUUUCAUAUUUUGUUUUAGAUAUUAUAUUAGAAUCCUAUUUCCUCAAAGAAACUUAAAAUAUAUUUGAUCAUCUUAAAAAUAUAGAAGAUAGACCCAUUAAUAUCAAAUAUUAUAUGUAUUUGUCAAUUGAAUAAUUGUUAUUAGAAGAUCCCACUUCUUUAGAUACAUAUAAGAAUGUCUUUCAAAACAGAUAAUCAGAAAAUGAAAGAAAUAUAUCUAUUGAAAUUUAAUAAUCUCAUCCAUCAUAAUUUGAUUCCUAUUUUUCAUUAUUAGCUGGUAUUUCAUUUAAUAGUCUAUGUGAUUAUCCAUUUACUGUUAAUUAAUUCACUUUAGUAGGCACAACUUGUAUGGAAGUAUAGGCUGGACUUUUAUAAUAAGGAUUAAAAACAACAAUAGCUUCAGUUGCAUUAACAUCAAAUGAUAUGUUAGCUAAAUGGUCUUUAAGUGAUAAAACAUAUGAUGAUUUAUCCUAAACUUUGAAAGAAUAUUAUAAAAAACUAGACACUAUUAUGUAAUAUGUAUCUAAUUGUUGCUAUUAUCUAACUUUGUAGUAUUAGGAAUCUACUUUAGAUUAUCUAUCAUAUUAGGAAAUGAUUGAAUAAGUUAAAUUUUCUGUGUUUCUAAUUAUUAUGUUCUUUGUAUUCAUCUUUUGCAUGACUCAAUACUAAAAUAAUUUGAGUGAAUAAAUCUGGGAAACUAAGGUACUCUUAUUCGUGAUUAUUACAGGGCUUAUUGAAUAUGAUACCUUUAGAGAUUAUUGCCAAGUAUUAACAUCUGAAGGAACAAUUUGUAGGAGGGGAAAUUCUUAAAGCUGUUCAAUGA